AUUACUUGUAUACUUUGUAGAAAUUAAAGGCAAUCCCUCCAGAAAAAACUCUGAAUUUUCAGCGCUCCUCAGAGUGACAACCAAAUUUAGUUUGUGUUGCGUUUCAAAAUUAUUGGUAAGCCUCCAAAAAUAAUCCCAAUCACCCAGGCAAGUCAUGUUGCGGGCGCGCCGCGCGAUCGGCGACGAGGACAGUGCCCAUGAUGAGCGCAUGUGUUGGAUCUGCUUGAACACAGAUGAGGAAAGCCUGCGGCACGACUGGCUGCAACCGUGCCGCUGUCGUGGCACCAAUAAGUGGGUGCAUGAGGCUUGCCUGAGUCGCUGGAUUGACGAAAAACAGCAGAUCAAUCCGGAUGUACCGGUCACCUGUCCCCAGUGCCACACCGAAUACAUAAUUGUAAUGCCACCGGUCUGCCGUUUUGAUGCACUGCUGGAGCGGGUGGAGAAGACCUAUGGACUCCUUUGUCCAAGCAUAUUGAUGGGCAUGCUGGCGACCGUUGUGUACAUAGCGACACUCUCCUACGGAGCGCUCACACUGCACCAAGUAGCUGGCUACGAGACAAGCAUGCAACUGAUGAAGGAAGAUCCCACAUUGCUGAUGAUUGUGCUGCCGUCGGUUCCAGCCGCACUGCUUCUGCUGCGCCGCUUCGAUUGGGAUAAUUGGAUGGUGCGCUGGCUGCGCCGUCGCCAACGUCAAUCUUUGCCCCCUGAACACUUUGACGAGCACGGCGAACCCCUACCCGGUGCCCCGCUAAGUGAUGACUAUUUCGAUAGGCAGGAACCGCUAGAUGCCGACGAUAUGCUGCAGGGUGGUGCACUUAACGCCGAGAAUAUUGAACGGGCCACCUGCCGCUUCUGCACGGCCCUCAGUCUGCCCACCUUUGCCGUGCUCAUUGGACAGACCCUAUAUGGCAAUAUAAACAGCAAAUUGCUGGGCAUUGUGAUGGGCGCCGUCACCUUUGAGGCCAUCAAGGGACUGAUCUGUGUCUAUUUACGACAAUGCCAGUACUACCGCCGACGUUACCGCAGUGUACUGGACUAUACGCCGGAGAAUGUGAAUCGCAGCGCCAGAUCCAUCUAGUCGCACCGGGAAACCUUCGCAUUUGAUGUUCAGUUUGAUAU